AUGAACAGCCUGUUCGAUCACGGAAACUCCCAGUUUGUCAAGACGAAUAUCGCCACUUGGAUUCUGACCUGUGCGUCAGGAGCCUUCCUGUUCUUCCGCGUGUGGUGUCGAAUACGCUUUUCAAGGCUCUCUUGGGACGACUAUGUGCUCACUACUUCAUGGUUCAUCUUGUUCGUGGCCUGCAUCCUCCUAAGCCGCGCCCUUGCGACGGGCUAUGAGACCGACGCCGACAAGCGCGCCUUUUACAUUUUCCACCAUGCAUCGACAUCGAUGAGCGCCAUAGCGAUUGCCUGGACAAAGGUCGCCUUCGCCAUCACCCUGAUUCGCAUCGUGCAGAACCCUGGUUUGAGGGGUGUUCUCUGGGCCAUCAUAUUGACGGCCAAUCUUGUCCUCGUUCUCGGCAUGCUGUCCAUCUGGAUCCCAGCCUGCGAAGACGCAAGGGCAAUCUACCGCCCCGUACAAGGCCUGUGUUUCAGCCUGCGCGACACACAGUACCUCGGCGGUACGACCAUUGUGUAUGGGGGCGUCAUCGACGUCGUGCUAGCCCUACUGCCCUGGCUUGUUAUAAGAAAGCUCCUGUUGGACAUGAGAGAAAAGAUUGGGUUGACAGUCGCCAUGAGCCUCGGCGCACUAACCGGUGCUGUUGUGAUCUGCCGCGCCUUUUUCCAGUUCAUAAUGUUGGAUAACGACUUUGAAUUUAUGGCUUUCUUGUCCAUAUUUAACUUUUUGGAGCCGGCCGUUACCAUCAUUGCCCAGACAAUUCCCGUUUUCCGAGUACUUCUCGCCAGGUUCAAAUGGGGACCGUGGGCCAACAACGGCCGUCGUCGAGGCGCCUCAACGACGGACACCUAUGCCAGAUCUGGCCCGCGAGAAAUGCAGACAUGGAACGGCAGACCUAAUAGGUGGGAAGACGACCAAGAGAUGCUUCAUAAUCCUGUCAGCCCAGCACGAUAA